UCAAACACUCUCUAGUUCUUGACGUUAUCGUUAGUAUUGAGCGAAAUUAAAUAAUUAGGACUCCCAUAGAAUAAGAAAAUUUCUUACAGGAUAAACCUGUAACAUUUCCAAGAAAAUAUUUGCCCACUAAACAAGACAAUCAUUGUUAUCUUCGCAGUUUCACAUUUAAUAGGCACUACUACACUUCCACAAAAACCGGCUCACACACUUCCAUCCUAGUCUGACUUUUCCUUCUUCACUAGUUUUCCUUAAAACACUCCAUUUUUAUACACACACAGUUCUCUUUUCAAAUUUUUCUGAUUCAUUCUACAACAGAAAAAUUUAAAAAAACAAGAAUGUCUAAUGAAGAGGUGUUUAUUGGAGCCAUUGAUCAAGGAACCACAAGUACUAGAUUCAUCAUCUAUGAUCGUUUGGCUCGUGCUGUUGGAUCUCACCAAGUUGAAUUCACUCAGUUUUACCCACAAGCAGGAUGGGUUGAACAUGACCCGAUGGAAAUUAUUGAGAGUGUAAGGAUCUGUAUGGCAAAGGCUCUUGAUAAAGCUACUGCUGAUGGACACAAUGUGGAUAGUGGGCUCAAAGCUAUUGGGCUGACAAAUCAGAGAGAGACUACUGUUGUAUGGAGCAAAUCCACUGGCCUUCCUCUUUACAAUGCUAUUGUUUGGAUGGAUGUCCGUACCAGUUCUAUUUGCAGAAAAUUGGAGAAAGAAUUGCCAGGGGGACGGACUCAUUUUGUUGAGAGUUGUGGUUUGCCUAUAAGCACUUAUUUCAGUGCAUUAAAGCUGCUGUGGCUGUUGGAUAACGUGGAAGGGUUAAACGAAGCUGUUAAAAAAGGGGAUGCCGUGUUUGGAACUAUUGACACCUGGUUAAUUUGGAACCUAACAGGAGGUGUGGAUAAUGGUUUACAUGUCACUGAUAUCUCCAAUGCAUCGAGAACUAUGCUGAUGAAUCUUAAGACCCUUGACUGGGAUAAAUCCACACUUGAUACAUUAGGAAUUCCUGCAAAGAUGCUGCCCAAAAUUAUUAGCAAUUCUGAGAUUAUUGGAAACAUUGCUAAAGGAUGGCCAAUCACAGGGAUCCCUAUCUCGGGAUGUCUUGGUGAUCAGCAUGCAGCCAUGGUGGGCCAAUCUUGUAAAAAAGGUGAGGCUAAAAGCACAUAUGGAACGGGAGCUUUCAUACUUCUGAACACCGGUGAAGAGGUUAUUAAGUCAAACCACGGACUGCUAAGUACAGUAGCUUAUAAGCUAGGGCCAAAAGCACCUGUUAAUUAUGCUUUAGAAGGCUCUAUCGCCAUUGCUGGUGCUGCGGUUCAGUGGCUUAGAGACAGUCUAGGCAUUAUCAGCAGUGCUAGUGAAAUCGAGGAGUUGGCAAAUAAAGUUACCUCUACUGGAGGAGUGUAUUUCGUUCCAGCAUUUAAUGGAUUGUUUGCUCCAUGGUGGCGUGAUGAUGCUCGCGGGAUUUGUAUUGGUAUAACUAGAUUUACCAACAAGUCUCACAUUGCUCGGGCUGUACUUGAAAGCAUGUGUUUUCAGGUAAAAGAUGUGCUUGAUUCCAUGCACAAGGAUGCUGGAAAGAAAGGCGAAGCUAAGAGUGAGGGGGGUGAAUUCUUACUCCGUGUGGAUGGUGGUGCUACAGUCAACAACCUUUUGAUGCAAAUUCAGGCUGACUUGUUGGGUAGUCCUGUUGUAAGACCAGCUGAUAUAGAAACAACAGCUCUUGGGGCAGCCUACGCUGCUGGAUUAGCUGUUGGAGUCUACACGGAGGAUGAGAUAUUUGCUUCUGGGGAAAAGAUGAAGAAAGCGUCAAUAUUCAAACCUGUGUUAGAAGAAGAAUUGAGGAAAAAGAAGGUGGAUUCUUGGUGCAGAGCUGUUUCAAGAUCGUUUGACCUGGCUGAUCUAGCUCUAUAAUUCACUCUGAUCGAACUCUUGAAGUACUACCUUCAUAUAAUUGAUGUUUUAGGUUCUUUUCCUUCUUUUCAAAUACGAGUGAUGCUUGAUUUUAAUAAAUGCCCUUGGAGAUAGCUGUGAAUCCCUCAUAUACAUAAUGUUUUCUUUAUUUCUUUCUAAUGUAUUUAACCGGUAGCCAACAUAUGGGAUAAAGGGAUAGAAAAAUAAGGUUAGCCAUUUGUAAAUUGUUACAACAUGAAUCAUUUCCUGCUUGUUCCGUUCAUCAUGUUAUAAGAAAUGUUUCCUUUGUGAUGAUA